UCCAGCGCACAAGAAGCCCCGAUCUCCGUCUACCCAAAAGCAUUCGAUCUCUGAGUUCAAGGGUGACAGAGAAAUUUCAAUGAGCAUGUCUACACCGCCAAAGACUUGCCCUUCUCAAUUGGUUGUUUUAAACAAGGCAUUCAAAUUGGCUGAGCAAUGGGUUAAGAAUAUGUCCACACCUUUAGUGGAUGAACCAACUGAUGUUAAGUUAGAAGCCCGACCUUCUAGGCUUGGACUGGGUGCUAAAGUUUCACGUCAAUCCAAAAUUGGGCCUUCAAAUGAUCCCAUUGAAAGAAAAUUACAUGCUAAGUUGGAUGCUGGGAAAAGAAAAUCUACCAAAAGUAUCAAGGAGUCUACACUAUCUGCAAGAAGUGGAAGUGACAAUAGUGAUGAUAGUGAUGAGGAUUUAGAGAGCAGAACCAAAUCAUUUAGCAAGAAGCGUGUAGUUCCUCCAACCUCAUCUCUACAGAGAAACAAGAAACCAAAGUAACUUGCCACCUUACGAAAUAGAAAUGGGUGAAGGAAAAGUUCUCCUCAGGUUGGCACACUUAUUCGGGGUAUUUGAUGUAUAAGGUAUUUGGUUUGUUUCUUGAAUUUUUCCUCGAAAAAAUUUGUCACCCUUCUUGAGUUUACCUGCUUUAAAGUUUUGUUCAAUCCCUCUCUCAUGUUAUAAAGUUCACUGGUAAAGUAGAACAUAUGAAAUAUCUUGCUUUCUGAUAUGAAAUAUUUUCAAGCUCUUUUUGGUACAUUUGUCUGAAAACUACUUUCCUUUCUUUUUCAUUUUUCUUAGUAAAUUUGCUUUCAUGUGAAGGAACUUCUCAAUCAUCAUGGGAUUAAAUUUUUCCUACUAAAUUGCUUUCAAAGUAACUGAAACAAGACAUUAUGGUCUACAUCCUUUGCUAAAAUAUUAUAGAAUCUGGAUGCUCCUAUGACAUUGGAUGAAAGGCUGAGGCAUCAUCACCAACUGGCUUUAAGUUCUCCAUUCACACACAAUUCUAACCCAUCCAUAUUUUUCUAAAAUUCUUAUUUUGGUUUGGUGCUUCAAAUAAAAGAUUGGGGAGGACACGGAUCUCGUAGUCAUGGUAAGCAUAGAGCUGAAAUCCCAGAUAAGAAGGCAUGUAGAAGCAACAGUUCAGUCUCCUUACAAUAUACUAUCCAAUUGUUCUUAUAGUAUCUGCUUUGCCAUGCCAUUUAGAUAAUCAAAAUAACAGGGAUGUCCUUAUCUGCUAACCAAGAUCGACCAGAGAUGGAGAAGAAGAGACUGGUUUGGAAAGUAGAAGGCUCUGCUCAAAAAAUAAAAUAAAAUAAAUCCAGUGUGUUGAGGACAGGACCUGUCCAUCCAGAAAAGCUGGUGGUGGAACUUGCUCCGAUGGAAAUUCACACCUUCAUUAUCAACUUCGGUUACAAACAGGUCCAUCCCUGAAAGUUAACAGAACCAAUAUGUUUUAUUGUUUUUGUAUUCUUCUUUAUUUGUUGUCUUUUUUUUUUCUUUUUCUUUUUUGGGUGGGUUGAUUUCAUUUGUUUGUAUUUGCUAUGCUGUGUUCUUGGCUUUAGGCCUACUUCAUUUUGACCUUUUUGUUCUUUUGCAAGCUCUUAUUUAUUAGAAAGAAACUUUUUCCCAUCA